AAGCAAAGUUAAUAUUCCAACAGCGAUGAUGCCACCCUGGGAGCGCUUCCACGGAAGGGAGACUGGAGAAUGAAAACUGGAUUCAUGCGUCUUGAACCCAAGAGAGGGAAGCACCAGCAGCAUUUAUUUUAUUUUUAUUAAUUGUAAGGAAAAAUAUAUACUUUUAUAGGUGCGUCUUUUUGGACUCGUGCACAAUGGGGAUUAUGCUUCAAGUUAUUUUAGGAAUCUUUCAGUUCCUGCUGCUUACCAGAAUACCGACCUUCCACGCCAAGCUUGCUCACUGGCGGCCUGCAGACUCCCCCAAGUCCAGAGAAGGUCGAGAAGUGCGGCGGUGGUUGGAGGUGUAUUCCCGGAGUGGCUGCGAACCUCGGGACACUCUGGUGGAGGUUUGGCGAGAGCUGCCGGGAGAGAUCCACCAUCUCUUCAUCCCGUCCUGCGUGUCUGUGAGGCGGUGUGGAGGCUGCUGUGCUGACGAGGCUCUGGAGUGCGUGCCUUCGCUCACGCACACACUCACUAUGGAGCUGAUGAGAACGUCCUUCAUGAAACACGAGCUUAUUGAGCUGACCUUCGUUGAGCACAGCCAGUGCGAGUGCAGAUUAAAAGAACAGCUCCAGCCAACACCAACUACAAGGCCCCACCUAAAGCCAGCGAGAAAACAGAAGAAAGGCGAGGGCAGGAGGCCCAAGCAGAAGAAGCCUGAAGCCGUCAGAUUUGUAACCCAUGCUUCUCCAGCUCCUCCUUCCACGUCUUCUCCUUCCACACCCUCUCCUCCUUCGUCGCCUCCUCCUACCACUCUACCUCCUUCACCCUCGCCCUCCCCGACUCCUCGAUGCCGCCCCUGCAGAGGAAGGAAGUGGGCCCUGGAUGCGACCUCAUGUCAGUGCAGAUGCACCAUCCGAGCUGAGAACUGCAGGAGAAAAGGCCAGAGUCUCAACGGUCGUCGCUGCAAAUGUGAAGCAACCAGGACUUGACAGGUCCAGCCACUUUCUUCCAACUCCACCAGCUCCUUCUCGAUUCAUUUCCCACGCUCAGCAACGGCGAUGCCUGAACAUCCAGCAUCUCAAACUGAAGGAUGUAUUUGUAGAAGCACACACUAAAACCUGUACGAGUGCAUCAUCACACCCUAAAUGUGCUGUGUUUCUGCAUGUGU